ACCGACACGAUGAAAACCAAAGUGAACAUUUUGUAUAAAAAGAAGGUGCGGAUCAAAGCGCCGCUUGCCCACGUUUAUAUGUCAAGCUGGUGCUGCGCUCUACCAGUAUUAUUAAUCCCGCCCUACUGCGCACCAAAAUGGCUACUUCCGCCGCUCUUUACUUCAGAUCAGCAACUUGAUGGUGGAUAAUGAUACAUUAUAUCAAAAUUUAUAGGGUCACAUUAUACAUCUUAGGAUAUACAAAACGAAAAAAUAGGGUAGGGAUGGGCAAAGCGUACCAGCAAUAAGAGGGGCGUAGAAGACAGCAGGGUGGUAGAAAGUGCUUAUACGAUCGAGGUAAUAAAUAAUUUUGGUCAUUUGUUCUCUCCAGAGAGUUGAAGAUGUGGCAUUGAAAAGUCGAGGAGAAAGCCCAACAUAGGCAUAAAAAUGGGGGGUUUUAGAUGAGUUAAAAGAUGGAGGAAGGUAGGUUGGCGCGGUCUACUUUAAACAAUGGCGGAGAA